AUGUCGUUCGCUAUGUGGUUUUACAGACUGCGCAAGACGCCGGUUUUGGCUUUGAUACUUCCUAUUGGCCUUCUUUUAAUGCUCUGCUGGGUGUUUUUCAGUCAGGACGAGUCACUUCUGGGUCUCGAGGGGUCCUCGAUUUCCAAUCACAAGUGGGCACACGAAAACGAGAAGACGUUUUAUUUCCCAUACGCUCGCAAGUUCAAAACUGCCAAGUAUUCGUAUAAGAAAAAGUCCAACUGGCUUUUCAGUGACACUGUGGAAGACAACAUUCCACCCGGUCACAUCACGCAUUUCGAUCUCAACAAGCUAGAAUCUACAGCAAACGCUGCAGUCAACAAAGAGCAAGUCUUGAUUUUGACUCCCAUGCAGACGUUUCACGAGGAGUACUGGAACAACUUGCUACAGAUGACUUACCCACGCGAGCUGUUGGAACUUGGUUUUAUCAUCCCUCGUACCAAGAGUGGGGACGCAGCGCUUCGCAAGCUCGAGGCAGCCGUAAAAAAAGUGCAGUUGGGCAAAAAGGAACAGCGAUUUGCAAAGAUCACAAUUCUCAGACAAGACUCGCAGAGUUUCGACUCUCUAUCAGAGAAGGAGAGACACGAUCUCAAAGUACAGAAAGAGAGGCGUUCUGCCAUGGCCCUCGCCCGCAACGAACUUCUGUUCUCGACCAUUGGCCCUCACACUGCUUGGAUUCUAUGGAUGGACGCUGACAUUGUAGAGACACCUCCAUCAGUGAUUCAAGACAUGACCGCACAUGAUAAAGCAGUUUUGGCCGCCAACGUCUACCAGAGGUACAAGGACGACAAUGGGGAAAGUCAAAUCAGAGCAUACGACUUCAACAAUUGGGCCGAAAGCCCUACCGCGCUAGAUAUGGCUUCCAACAUGGCCGAUGAUGAGGUGAUUUUCGAAGGUUAUGCUGAAAUGGCCACUUACAGACCUCUAAUGGCUUACCAAUAUGAAGCUUCGAAUCCAGUUAACAUCGAAACCGCGCUUGACGGUGUUGGUGGUGGAUGCACUCUUGUCAAAGCUGAUGUUCACAGAGACGGGGCUAUGUUUCCUAGUUUCCCUUUUUACCAUUUGAUUGAGACUGAAGGUUUCGCCAAAAUGGCAAAAAGACUCGGUUAUGAGGUGUACGGUCUUCCAAACUACCUAGUAUAUCACAUUGAGGAGUUCAAUUAA